AGAUGUCAUCUGAUAAGGGAACCAGUCCUUUAUCUACUAAAUCCUCUAAAGUCAAAAUAUGUCACAAUUAUCAACAUGGAAGCCAAAUUGUGCGUGCUGUCCUAUGUAGCAAAAAUGAAAUUCAUGCUGCCAUAUUUGUCAAGUUGAGCUGUGUCCAUUUUGCCCAUGCCUGUAAUGAAGAUGGCAUUACAGCUUUACAUAUUGCAGCUGCCAAAGGAUGGAAUAAGAUGUGUCGAUGGCUGCUGCGCCAUGGAGCCGACAUUGAUGCCAGGGAUCAGGUCACUGGGUUCACCCCCCUGCACUUUGCAGCCAUGUAUGGCUGUGUUGAGACUAUGAUGCUUCUUGCAAAGGCUGGGGGAAGCUAUCGAAGUUUGUCAGAUUCAAAAAAAGAUGCAAUGAGCUUGCUGUAUGAAAACUACAGGAUUUUUGGCAAAGACAGACUCCAUAGUGCAUCUUAUGUCUAUGAUCUAUACUUUACUCACUUCACAUCUCUGGCUAAACUAAAAUUGGGCAAGCUACAACUGCUGUGUGAUGAGCAAGGGAAGGAUAAGCGAGCUGUGUUUAGUGUCCAGAUGAACUGUGCCAACCCUUCCAACGUUGAACCAUAUUUGAUUAGUGAAGGCGACAGCAGUGAUGAUUGUCACAGCACUGAUGAAGAGGACAUUCCUGCAGCUGCUGUCUUUGAUUUUCCUCCAACAAAAGAGAGGCCCAUGGAUGACGUAUCUUCACUUUAUGUCUUCGGACAAAAUCAGAACUACAACUUGGGACUCGGCACGACUAGAGUGGUCUCACGACCCACGCAGCUGGAGCGGUUCACGCGGGACCAGGCGGUGUGCGAGGUGCGGUUCAGCAGGUACCACACGCUGUACCUCACCGCUGCUGGUACCGUCAGGGCGUCGGGACAUGGCGUCGGUGGCAGGCUCGGCACGGGCACUGAGGCGACAUGCAUGAGGCCAGAGGUGGUGGCGUUGCCCAGUGGCACGAAGGUCAUCAUGGUCGCUGCUGCCACCGACCACUCCCUCUUCCUCACCUCCACUGGCCACGUGUAUGGCUGUGGACUGAACACCUACCACCAGCUUGGAGUGGACACUAAGAUCGCGUCCAAGUGUGUCACCCCGAAGAUGAUAGCCUGGGACCCCGCAUCUGCUAAACCCGCUCCGAGUGGCAGCAAGUACCAAGGUGUACAGGGCGUGGCCUGCGCCAGGUACCACUCGGUGCUGUGGACGACGUGCGAGUUGUACACGUGGGGCACGAACGUCGGCCAGCUCGGUCACCUCGACCACGUCGUACCCACGCCCAGGCUCGUCAAGUCCUGUUCCUCCCUCAACAAGACCUCGGGCAUUUACAAGGUGUGCGUGAGCAACGUGUGCACGGUGGUGGCGAUGCUCGAAGGCUUCCUCAUAGUCUUCUACGGGAACAAAUACUCGAUCAUCUCCAGCCGCUUGUCACGCGGCGUGGAGGCAAUCCUGAGCAUAUCGUGUAUGGGAGGAGUGCUGAGUAAUGUAGCUAAGAACCCCAUGUUUGCCGCACACAACCACACCAGUCACAUCAAGCCUGGCAUGGAUGAGCAACUUGUCAUCAGUGAAUCAUCUGAAAUUAUCAACGGACUUUUGCCAGAGAAACUCAGCUCUAAGUCUUUGUUAUCGCAAGUGGAAUGCAACGAAGACGAUCUUGUGAUUUUCUACUUGACAGCCGGCAAUUUGGGGUACUUGUGGUCAGCUCAACGCCAGUCGUCGCGCCCGAUGUGUUUAGAGAGAUACAAGAUAGUUGACAUCUUCGCCACGCCUUCUGCCUUGCUCGCAAUCUCUCACACCGGUGAACUCCUCAGAAUGAAGGUUUAUGCAAACCAAGAGCGUAAUUCUAACCUUACGGUCACGUGGUGUGUACUCGCACAUCUACACAGAACCAAGAGAAUUUUUGCUGAUCCUAACGGACAAAAUUUCGCCGUGUUGUGUCAAGACGCCUUCCCUAAACUAUUUCUGGACGACGAAUGGUGCCAGUCGCUGGUCAAUGAUAUGACGUCGCUGCAUACUACGUUGUCCUUGGAAGAGUCCUUUUGUGACGUCAUUCUCGAAUGCGAUGGCGAAAAGUUUCCAGUGCACAAAAUGGUCCUUGCGGCAAAGUCCUUAUUUUUCAGGAAGCUUUUUUCGCCUUCGAGCGCCAAUCAAGAAGAGCUCUCAGUUCCUGAAAAUGGUCAUCAUGUGCAAGGCCGAUGCGAUUGUGGGCUUUCUCGCGGCUUUUAUCAUCAUAUCAAUGAAGAAACGAAAGAAUCUACUGCCUGUUAUUCAACUGAAGAUGACACAUUUAACUUUAGCUCUUUUGGGAAGAAUGCACCUGAUGCUUCCUUCAAGCAGGAGCCUAGUCCCACUGGAGAAAGCUUCACGCCUGAUGGAGAAGUUCCCUCUGUGGACCUGACUUCUCUUGUAACUAAAGAUGCUCUUCGCGAACUCAUCUCGUUCUUCUAUACGGGCAAAUGCAAACGCGUCAGCUACCAUGACAUUUGCUCUAACGCCGGGAACUCCGAGCGUCACCUUAUCGAAACGUCGAAACAUAAGAAAAAACGAAAUACUAUACGAUACACGUGGAUAUAUGAAGACGAAGAGUCCAUUGAAAAACACGAGAAAUUUUCCUCGACCAAGGAAUUGCAGCAGUACGUCGCACUCCUCCUGAAGGCCACAAAGGAACUGGAAGUGGAGGAUUUCCCCGCAGACUGCAAGGAGGAAUGCGACCUAAAGCUGUACCUGACCGUGGACGUCUCCCCCGACGUGCAGUUCACGGCAGAGGACGGCUCGCUGGGGCCACGGGCGCAUCGCUUCAUCCUGAGCGCGCGCGUGCCCUUCUUCUCUGCGCUCUUCUCUGCUCGCUGGGCCCUGAAUGCGUGCACCGCAGAUGGCCUACAGUUGGUGCAGUCUCCUCACUGCCACAGCACUGCCUUCCUACUGCUGCUGCAGUAUUGCUACACCGACCACUUCUGCUACUGCUGCCUUACGCUGCCACUCGUCAUGGAUUUGCUGGUACUAACAGACGAACUAUUGGCUAAGGAUGCCCAGGAGCUGGCAGAGAAACGUGCCGUGGAUUAUAUUGACCGACGCAACCUGCUGCUUCUUUACCAGUUCUCUACGCGCUACAACUUCACGAUCCUGAAGCAACACGUCCUCUUUUUCGCUUACUUUGAGACUCCCUUCUUGCUUGAGUCCAGGUUCUUCGAGAAUUUGCGACCAAAAGAUCUCGCCCAGAUCAGUGCAAUGAACAAGUACAAAGCUAGCGAGAAAUAUUCGCAUGAUUGGCAAAAAUCAAGAGAAUAUUACAAGCUUCGAAGGCGAUCUUCAGACUUCAUCAGCCAUCCAUUAGUCUACGAAUUACCGUGCGUUCCAGAUACCUCGAACUCGAACGCCCAUUUUGUGUUCUCGGUACCAAAGAGAGAUUUUAACAACGGAAUUGAUCUUUGGGAAUAUAUUUACACGUCGCUGGGAUGCUCCUAUGAUGAACAGUGCGACCAACCACAUCAUCGUGACGGAGAUCCCAUGCAGUACCUGGAGAACGAGGAGCCUCAGGUGUUCCUAGAACUCCAGAUGUACGAAGAAGAAUUGCGUCAGGAACUUGAACGCAAGGACUUCAAGUUUCAAGAUCACCCGAGCGUUGCCCGCAAGUGCCACAAGUACCGCUGUGCGCCGCCUCGGAAACUUCGUCGAGGUUCCCGCAGCUCCUCAGAGUCUGACGGCGGCCGAAGCUCCAGCGACGCCAGCGAUGAGUUCGACUUCAAUGGACUUGUCGAUAAAGAAGUUGAUGCCUCAGACGACGAUGAAGACAGCAGCACGUGGCAUGUAGUAGCACGACGUAAAGAAGCUGUUUACGAUAGCAUUCAGCACUCGCAACCUCCGCCACCAACGAACAGCAAAAUCGACCAGAAGUGGAAAAACAAAAAUUCAACAGCGCCGUCACGUUCCGUCACAGCGAGCAAACCCACUCCAAUUGCCAAUCCUGCUCCACUUUCUCCACCAGCUGCUGGCCCUUCUUCACUCAGUCAAACUCACCCUUCUCCACUCAGUCAAACUCACCCUUCUCCACUCAGUAAUACUCAAAAACUUGCCCCAAAGCAAGAUGUCGUUGAAGCUGCUGCUUCUUCGUCUGGAGACCUCAGUGGAUUUCAGCCGAGAACUCCAGAGCUUCGCUGCAAUUUAGAUGGCCAGGCUUGCGUGCUGGGAUCGCCAGACACGAGUUCCUCGUCAGUCUCCCCUGCCGGGCCAGACUUUCCUUCCCUGGCGGAGUCCGUGACCGCGGCCAAGCAGCAGCAGCAGGCAGCUAAAGCUGCGAGUGCUAAAACUUCAUCUCCUUUCGUGCGGAUGUCGCAGAAGCAGCGCAAACAGCGUCAACGAGAAGAACAGGAAGCGAGCGCGUCUGCUGCUCCUGCAGCUGCCACGCCAGCAGCAGCUGUCAGCCCUAAAACUGCUACUCCUGCCUGGGGUCAAGCGCAGCUCUCCGCCGGAUCACCGCCCUGCUGCUCUGCUCAGGAACAGCAGCAGGAGUCACAGUUCCCGUCCUUUGCAAGCGGUCGCACACGGCGUUCGUCGCAGCGAACGCUCUCAGGCAGCAGCGGUGGCUCAGACUUGUCCGUCGGCACUCCGAGCACGAGCGAGAAUCUCUCAACGAUCAUGCGACGCGAGAAGAACAUGCGCGCCAACUACGUCAAAAGCCAGAAGAAAUCUCUGGAACAUAUUCAGAUGGAGGAGCGAGCAAUAGUGGAGCUGGAGCAACAUUACCGCUCGCUUGCCGGCCCCAGAGACACCGUCACGGUGACCAGGCUGAGCUCGGCCCUCGUGGCUCAGCCUCAAUGGACAGAACGGCAUCGACCUCGUGACUUGCUCUCGUCUGUGAUAUUAAACAAUUCUAACUCUUGAAAAGGAUACUCACUGCUUAUUAAUAAUCCGCCAACGCAUUGCUUAUCGUUUAUCCCUUACUCGUGUUGGUUGUUUCGUCAUUCAAUUUUUUUCUUAUAAUAUUUGUUUUUAAUGAUUGGUUUCUCUAGGCGUAUGCGAGUAUUCAUUCAUAUUUCAGAGAAAAUAUACCUAUAGGUAGAGUGCCAUCAGAUUGUUUUUUCUUUCGCUUCGGGUAACAAGUUCUGCUCUUGCGUAAGUGACAGGAGCUUUUCGUUCAAGUAUAUAACUUUUUGGAAGCAGAUUGGCGUCGGUCUGUCGAGUUACGCAAAUACAUCGCACAAUAUCGCGGAGACUAAAACAAUAAGCUCUACUAAUAGAUGACUGCGUAUGGAUGACUUCUUUGAUAAUUCGGUUUCAAUAUAACACUUUUAGGAACGUCCCUGCUUUGCAGUAUUGAUCUGCUUUAGUAAUGCGAGUUGAGGUAAACAUUUUGUUAUUAUUGGCAAUUCAAGUUCUUUUGAUGCAUACCUUUUCUUUGUAAAACCAAUGUGAUAACAUAUCAACCCGCAUUGGCUGAUCGCUGAUCGGCUAGAAGUAAACUGCUCAUAUACAAGAAUAUUUAUCC